AUGAAACUUAUAGUUUGUAACGAACUUCAAAGUAUAGAUACAACAAAAGUUUUAAACUCAGAUGCUUUGAAGAGUCUUAUAACAGAUAAAGUUGGAGUUGUUGAAAGAAAAUAUAAAGACCAAAGAGUUUGUGAAAAUGUUGCAAACUUCAUUAUGAUUUCAAACAAUGCUGUUCCGAUGAAGUUAGAAAGUUCUGACAGAAGAUAUGUAGUUGUCAGAACGUCAGAUUCUCAUAUGCAAGAUACAGAAUAUUUUGACGACUUAGCAGAAACUUUGACAUCUGACUUUUACAACCACUUGUUCUCAUAUUUUAUGACAUUAGAUAUUUCUAAGUUCAAUCCAAGACAAAUUCCACAUACCGAAGAGAGACAAACAUUGUUAGAAGCAAACAAGAGUGUAUAUGAACUGUUCAUAGAUGAAACUGACUUUGUGUCAUUAGAUGAAAGGUCAUUGUACGAUUCGUAUAAACAAUAUUGUCAAGAAUAUGGUUAUAUGACAGCGUCUAAACGAACAUUCUUGGCAAAUGUCAAAAGUCUUUUAGACGUACAGAAUGGUGUAUAUACAAAGAAAAUUUUUUCUGAGUAA